GCUAUUUGCUCGUUCCGUGAUAGCCCCUCGUCCGUUUGACCGCUCGCCCAUGACGGCUUCGCUCGAAGCAGCCACUCUGAGGACAGCCAAAGAUGGACCGUCUUUCCCAGCCACCAAGCUGUGGGCUGACUCGCCGGUGCUGGUGGUCGUGCUACGGCGUCCAGGAUGCUGUAGGAUGCUGCGGCGGCGCCAUGCCACAUCCCCGCCCGCCAUACCUCACGCCAAGAACCCAACCUGGGCCUGCUUCAGCUUGCCACCGCAAUGACGGCUCUGUAGCUCAUGCCUGCAGUGCUGUGCCGUGAGGAGGCGAUAACCCUCUGGAGCGAGCGUGCCAAGUUUGAGCAGUGCGGCCUAAAGCUGGUCUGCGUCGUGCAUGAGUGGCUCGACCGGGAAAUCAAGGCUUUUGCUCCAGCAUAUUGGGGCGGCGACCUGUACUACGAUGAGAGCAAGGCAUUCUACAAGGCGGUGCAUGGCGGCAGCGUCAAGAAGGGCAGCCUGCUCGCCCUUCUGAAUCCGUUUGGCGACGCCUGGGGCAACAUGAAAAGAGCCAAGAAGGCUGGCAUUGUCAAAGACAGCAACAUUAAUGGCGAUGGCCUGACGCUGGGAGGAGUGCUCGUGCUGAAGCAGGGGGGCGAAAUUGUGUAUAGCCAUGCUGAGAAGACCUUUGGCGACCACCCGCCGAUAGAGGAGGUGUUUGCCGCCGCCCACAAGGCUGGCGGCAGCAGCUGAUCCUGGCAUGGGACAUCUUGGCAGCGCAUCUCAUGUUGAAAUCCAGAUCAAUCCUUCAGAUUCUUCAAUAAAGCUAUUGAUCAUUCGUUCUCUAUUUGAGCAGGGCGGGUGGCGGCAGCCGCCCCUCAAGUUUUGAGGCCCCCUCGACUUUGUGCGGGCUCAGCACGUCACCAACGUCAACUGGUGCUAUCAUGCCAGCAGUACCCCCCCAGUCUAGGGUUAGAGUGAGUCAAUCCCUGUAAAAUUGGGAUUGGG